AUGACAGUUGACACCUCGACGAUCAUCAAAGUCCGGCAAUACCGUCCUGAAGAUCAUGCCCAAGUCACCAGGAUCUACGCACAAGGUCUGAUGGCGGCCGAUCCCAUUCCAGAAUACCGCUAUCUGUGGGAAGAGCUACUGCACAAGGACCUGACAAACGAUCUCGCUGACAUCGAAGGCAGUCACAUGGCUGCGGGUGGAAACUUCUUGGUCGCGGUGGCGACAGCAGACGGAUCCAGCAAGAUCGUGGGCAUCAUCGGUUUGUUGCGCGUAUCUGAAGAUGUCGGACAGAUCCGACGCGUGUUUGUGGAUCCCAACUAUCAACGCAUGAGUGUAGGGCGGAAAAUGAUCGCAGAGCUUGAGAGCUGGGUUCAGAAGAACGGAGUCAAGAGCGUGUUCUUGACGACGAACGCGAACAAUGAGAAGCCACAAGCAUUUUACACUGCACUCGGAUACACCAAAGUGGACGAAGGGCAGAUUCUCCCAGAAGCGCACGACAUCAUCAACUUUCGUGUAUCCGAGAGCGGUGUAGAACGCCAACGCCUGCUUCUUCUUGGGGUUCGUUGUCAGGAACAGACGUUCGAUUCCUUACUCCUUCGCCCAGCUUUCAAGUUCCACCAUGAGCUUCCGUCCUACCCCCAUGCGUUGGCAAUUCGAGUCAACAAACAGACGUCGGACCUCGCCAACGUUGUCAGAUCUACGCUGUAA